UGGUCUCAUUGAAUUACAACUGGGCAGGAAAGGGGAGCUUUGCAGGCAGGGCCCUGAAAAGUAUCACACAAUUAGCUGGGAAGCAAAAUCAGUGGAGAGAAUCGCUGGAGGAAAUUUGUAAUGAAUCUGAUUCCAAACUAUGCCAUGGAAACCUGGGUUCUCCUGGUCACCAUCCUGGUGCUCCUCUAUCUCUAUGGGACCUCUUCACAUGGCCUUUUUAAGAAGUUGGGAAUUCCUGGACCGAAACCUCUCCCCUUUUUUGGAACUAUUUUGGGCUACCGCAAGGGUUUUUGGGAUUUUGAUACAAAUUGUUAUAAAAAGUAUGGAAAAAUAUGGGGGUUUUAUGAUGGUCACCAGCCUGUGUUAGCUAUCACAGAUCCAGACAUGAUCAAAACAGUGCUGGUGAAAGAAUGUUAUUCUGUCUUCACAAACAGGCGGACUUUUGGCCCAGUGGGAUUUAUGAAGAAAGCUAUCAGUAUAUCUGAGGAUGAAGAUUGGAAGAGGAUAAGAACAUUGCUGUCCCCAGUGUUCACUACGGGGAAACUCAAGGAGAUGUUUCCCAUCAUUGAACAGUAUGGAGAUGUACUCGUGAAAAACCUACGACAGAAAGCCAAGAAAGGUGAACCUGUCUCCAUGAAAGAUGUCUUUGGGGCCUACAGCAUGGAUGUGAUCACUGGCACAUCGUUUGGAGUGAACAUUGAUUCCCUCAACAACCCACAGGAUCCGUUUGUGGGAAAAGUCAAAAAGCUCUUAAAAUUUAGUUUUUUUGAUCCAUUGUUCCUCUUAGGAGUACUUUUUCCGUUCCUUAUACCAGUGAUGGAUGCGUUAAAUCUCUCUGUGUUUCCAAGAGAUGUUACAGACUUUUUAAAAAAAUCUGUUGAAACAAUGAAAGAGAGUCGCCUCAAAGAGAAACAAAAGCACCGAGUGGAUUUUCUUCAGCUGAUGAUAAAUUCCCAGAAUUCCAAAGACACAGAGUCUCAUAAAGCUCUUUCUGAUCUGGAGCUUGUGGCACAAUCAAUCAUCUUUAUAUUUGGUGGCUAUGAAACCACUAGCAGCACUCUUUCCUUUGCUAUGUAUGCGUUGGCCACUCAUCCUGAUGUCCAGAAGAAACUGCAACAGGAGAUUGAUACAAUUUUGCCCAAUAAGACACCUGCCACCUAUGAUGUCUUGAUGGAGAUGGAGUAUCUGGAUAUGGUGGUGAAUGAAAUUCUCAGAUUAUAUCCAAUUGCUGGUAGACUUGAGAGAACUUGUAAGAAAGAUGUUGAAAUCAAUGGAGUGGUGAUUCCCAAAGGGUCAUUAGUGUUGAUACCAAUCUAUGCUCUUCAUCGAGAUCCCAAAUACUGGAAAGAGCCUGAGAAGUUCUGCCCUGAAAGAUUCAGUAAGAAGAACAAGAACAAUAUUGAUCCUUACAUAUACCUGCCUUUUGGGACUGGACCCAGAAACUGCAUUGGCAUGAGGUUUGCUCUCCUGAACAUGAAACUUGCUAUCAUCAGAGUCUUACAAAACUUCUCCUUCCAAACAUGUAAGGAAACACAGAUCCCUUUAACAUUCAAAAAACAAGGACUUCUUCAACCUGAAAAAGAGGUUCUUCUGAAAGUUGUGCCAAGAGAGCAAAGUGGAGUCUAAUUUUUCCUAGUUUUCUGCUAUGUUCUCUUUUUCAUGAAAACUUUGUUAUAGAACGUUAGUGACCAAUUUGUGAAAAGUAUUUAGAAAUAAAAAUGGUCUUAAUCUUCUAAA